AUGGCUUGCUUCCAAGGGCUUGGGCUGAGAGUCCAGCCCUGGGUAGUGCUGGCUAUUCUCGCCCUGCUGCAGUGUGGCUCGGCCCAGUUCUGUUCCUUUUGGAAUAACAAUUGUAUUGAUCCUCUCGCCCAAACUGCCGUGCCUUUCGACUUCCAGCCGCUCUUCAACGACCCCAUAAGCCUCUAUUAUUCCUUCGACUCUAGCUCAUCCGGCAAGGGCGAGGGUCCUAUGACGAAGACUGCUUUCUGGCUUGGAUACGAGGAUAGGAAAAUCAACCCCUACGCCGUCAAUUCGAACCGAACCGCCGAGGUCGCUUUACGCGUCGGAAACUUCACAGGAACCCCUGCUGGGACCACGAAUGGUUGUGAUGGCAUUUGGGGCAAGUCCUGCUCUCGCGAUAUCAAAAAUACUCUGCAGGCGGCCAUCUUUCAACUCACCACAUCCGAAGGUCACUGGUCACAGCCUCUGGCAACGGCCUUGGACCAAUUGAUGACGAAUCAGCCAGAUCUUCCGUCAUGCGGCGCGCCUGUCUUCGAUGUCGCCUCUAUUCCAGUGCAGGAUUUUGCCUAUGAACGAACCCCCGAUCAACAGGUUACUGUGAUGAAGGCAGGGAGCAGUUAUCGUCCGUGGCAGGUGUGGUAUCUCGACGGCAUGACUGCUCAUCAACAGGCCUCUCAAGUGGCCGUCGGUAUCAUUAGUCGCGCGCCGAGCUACGACAGUAGUCCGCCUACCAGCCCCGACGAUAUUCAGAUCGAGCUAGUGUGUCUACAAGCACCUCAAGGUCCGCCAAGUGGUUCAUCAAAGGAUGAUGAUUAG